AUGGGGCCUACCCGGGCAGUUCCCACCCCAUAUGGCUGCAUUGGCUGUAAGCUGCCACAGCCAGACUACCCACCAGCUCUAAUCAUCUUUAUGUUCUGCGCAAUGGUUAUCACCAUCGUCGUAGACCUGAUCGGCAACUCCAUGGUCAUCCUGGCUGUGACAAAGAACAAGAAGCUUCGAAAUUCUGGCAACAUCUUCGUCGUUAGCCUCUCUGUGGCUGACUUGUUGGUAGCCAUCUACCCCUACCCUCUGAUGCUGCAUGCCAUGGCCAUUGGGGGCUGGGAUCUGAGCCAGUUGCAAUGCCAGAUGGUUGGAUUCAUCACAGGGCUGAGCGUAGUCGGUUCUAUCUUCAACAUCGUGGCCAUUGCCAUCAACCGUUACUGCUACAUCUGUCAUAGCCUCCAGUACGAGCGGAUCUUCAGUGUGCGCAAUACCUGCAUCUUCCUGGUCAUCACCUGGAUCAUGACCAUCCUGGCUGUCCUGCCCAACAUGUAUAUUGGCACCAUUGAGUAUGAUCCUCGCACCUACACCUGCAUCUUCAACUAUCUGAACAACCCUGUCUUUGCUGUGACCAUCGUCUGCAUCCACUUCGUCCUCCCUCUGCUCAUCGUGGGUUUCUGCUACGUGAGGAUCUGGACCAAAGUGCUGGCAGCCCGUAACCCGGCGGGGCAGAAUCCUGACAACCAGCUUGCUGAGGUGCGCAAUUUUCUAACCAUGUUUGUGAUCUUCCUCCUCUUUGCAGUGUGCUGGUGUCCUAUCAACGUGCUCACUGUCUUGGUGGCUGUCAGUCCGAAAGAGAUGGCUGGCAAGAUCCCCAACUGGCUUUAUCUUGCAGCCUACUUCAUAGCCUACUUCAACAGCUGCCUCAACGCUGUGAUCUAUGGGCUUCUCAAUGAGAAUUUCCGAAGAGAAUACUGGACCAUCUUCCAUGCUAUGCGGCACCCUAUCCUGUUCCUGUCUGGCCUCAUCUCUGAUAUUCGUGAGACUCGGGAGGCCCGUGCCCUGGCCCGUGCCCGUGCCCGCGCCCGAGACCAAGCCCGUGAACAAGCCCAUGAACAAGAUCGUGCCCGUGCCAGUCCUGUUGUAGAGGAAAUGCCGAUGAGUGCCCGGAAUGUUCCACUACCCGGUGAUGCUGCAGCUGGCCAACCUGAACGUGCCUCUGGCCAUCCCAAACUGGCUUCUGAGCACUCCAGGUCUGCCUCUGCCUACCGCAAGUCUGUCUCUGGCCACCAUAAAUCUGUCUUUAGUCACUCCAAGCUGGCUUCUGGUCACUCCAAGUCUGCGUCUGGUCACCCCAAGUCUGCCACUGUCUAUCCUAAGCCUGCCUCUGUCCACUUUAAGGCUGACUCUGUCCAUUUCAAGCCUGCCUCUGUCCAUUUCAAAGCUGACUCUGUCCAUUUCAAGUCUGCCUCCAGCCACCCUAAACCUGUCACUGGCCACCAUGUUCCUGCCAGCAGCCACUCUGAGGUUGCCUUCAGCCCUGCCACCAGCCACCCUAGACCCACAGCUGGCUACAUCAAGCCUGCUACCAUCCCCCUUGAGCCCACCACUGCUGAUAAUACUGAGCCUGCUACCACCAGCCAGCUCCAACCAGUGAUCGCCAGCCACCCUGAGUCUGUCGCUGCUGACCACCCUGAGCUGACUGCCUCCUGUCACCCUGAGACCAUCGCUGCCGGCCACUUCGAGUGUGACAUCACUGACCUCCCUGAGCCUGUCUGCAGCCCUGCCAGUGGUUCCCCUGAGUCUGCUGCCAGCCUACCGGAGCUUGCAGCCGCCGCUGCUGCCAACCUUCCUGACCCCACUGUGACCACCACUGCCACCAAUGAUUACCAUAAGAUUGUGGUUAUUGAUGUUGAAGUUGAUUCUGAUGAAAUGGCUAUGUGA